CCAGGUAAACCCCCAAUAAUCAUCGGUCCAUGCAAAACCAUGAACCAUGUUAUGCCGGGUAACCCCCACGAAAACAACAGUCCAUGCAAACCCCUGAACCACAUUGUGCCUGGUAACCCCCCAAUUAUCAUCGGUCCAUGCAAAACCAUGAACCGCGUUGUGCCAGGUAGCCCCUGCGAAAAUAACGGUCCAUGCAAACCCCCAAACCACAUUGUGCCAGGUAACCCCCGCGAAAACAAUGGUCCAUGCAAACCCCCAAACCACAUUGUGCCAGGUAACCCCCGCGAAAACAAUGGUCCAUGCAAACCCCCGAACCACAUUGUGCCAGGUAACCCCCCAAAA